AUGUCGCAGAUAUUUGAUAGAUAUGACAGACAAUUACGAUUGUGGGGACAUGAUGGACAACACCUUUUAGAGAAUUCACACAUAACAAUUGUAAUUGACAAUGAUGCCAAUAAGACAGUAGAUUUGCUGGAAGAAACUCUAAAAAAUGUGAUACUUGUUGGUGUAAAGAACAUAACACUCAAUAAUUUAUGUGACUGCAAGUUAGAUAAUGUGAUACGCAAUGUGCUACCAUUAAACGAUGGUGUCCAUAUAGAUCAAACCACAGAUCCAUUAUCGCUCAUGAAUGCCUCCCCUCAGACUGAUUUAUUUCUUCUUCUUAACCUAGAUAACAAAGCAGAGGCAUUGUUUACAAACAACCCUUUCAAGAUAAAAUCAAUUGCUACACAUGUGAACGGGAUGUUAGGACAUAUACGAAUGUAUUACCCAAGUCCACAUUUUAUCUCAAAUACACAUAGUGAUAGAAAUAUCCCUGAUCUACGACUAAAGGAUCCUUGGCCCGAAUACAAAAGUUUUUUAAACUCCUUCGAUGAUGAUUUGAAAAAUGAUGUUGCAGCUGCAACGGUUCCAUAUCCUGUUAUACUCUACAAGGUUAUAGAUGGAGUAACUAAUCCUUCAACAAAGGCAAUAAAACAGAGGCUAGAAGAAGUUUAUCUCACUAGAUAUAAGAAAGAUGCAUUUUAUGACCUAAAUUACGAGCAAGCAAAAAAAUAUGCCUACCUAAUAAAUGCCAACGACAAUAUUUAUGACACCAAGUUCGUUCCUGUAUUUGAGUUUGUUAAAGAAUUAAUUACUAGUCCCAGAGAGUGUAGUAAAUAUCUAUCCAAGUAUGACAAAAAAUUACUAAAUCUGAUACUAACUACAGAACAAUUUAUCUCUAAAUAUGGGCGCAUUCCAUUUAGGGGGAUUUUGCCAGACUUAGAGUCCAGCUCUGAAAAUUAUGCUCGCUUGAAAAAGAUAUUUAUCGAAAAGUUUAGCAGUGACUGUAAAGAUUUCUCUACAUUAUAUGACAUGCAAUUCUGUGAUGAGAAACUAAAUAGUAACGAAAUUCAAGAAUUCCUGAAAAAUCUUGAUGAUAUUGCUGUGGUUGAACCAAACAUGCCUCAAACAAUAACAACUACAAAUACUAAGUAUUCUGAAGAAUCAAAUUCUUACUUGAAGCUAGUUAAUGGCGAGACAAAUAUCGACAACAUCGACAACUCACUCAGAACAUCUUUGCAAUUGGAAUCCUACUCAGUUACAACCAUGUUAGGGAGUAUAGCUUCCCAAGAGAUUUUCAAAUUAAUCACGCACCAAUUUGUACCAAUCAAAAAUAUUUUUAUUUACAAUGCAACAAAUCAAACUACGGAAUUGAUAGAAAUUCCAUAA